AUGACGCAUUUAAAUAAGGAAACGACGGAACUGAGACACGAUCUGCUCAGAGAAGUAAAACGCAUGGACGACUCGAAGGAAAAAGAACUCAAAUUUAAGGAUGCAAGCAUGCAAGUGAAGUCAUUGAUAGAGCGUAUGGGCGCAUUAAUGGACAAUUUCACCUCUCAUGUAACACAAUAUGUAUCUAGAGUUCAGUCCGAUAUGAGGACCUUGCAAGGGGUAUGCAAAACAAGAAGCACGACAAAUGAUGUGAAUCCUAAACCUACAUCUUGUGAUGAUGUCGACAAAAGCGGUGUCCAUACAAUAUAUCCAUACUUCAAACCAUCCGGUCUGGCAGUAUAUUGUGAGAUAGAUCAAGACAAGGCUUGUCUGGUAAUUCAACGCCGGAAGUUCGGAACUGUCGACUUUGAUCGCUCCUGGGAGGAAUACAAGACUGGAUUCGGGAAUCUGAGUGGGGGAUUUCUGGCUCGGGAACGAGUAUAUCUACCAUCUUACUAA